CGCUAAUAGCACCGCCUAUGAUCUGGAUGGUCAGGGAGAGUUGGGUUCUCUGAGUCUCCUCCAGGACACAGAUUCACAGAGUUCAUACCAGGGACUGCCACUGACAGAGAAUCUAGGAAUGGCAAAACCUUACGUGAAAUCCAAGGAGGUGACAGAGUUGGUCAACACACCAUCCUGGAUGGACAAAGGUCUGGGCUCUCAGAAUGAGAUGAAGGAGGAGGAGAGAAGACCAGCUGCUUAUGGGAUGCUUGGAAGCUUAGCUGAAGAGCAUGACAGUAUUGAGGAGGAAGAAGAGGAGGAAGAGGAUGGGGAGAAGCCUAAGAGAAGGGGUCCCAAGAAAAAGAAGAUGACAAAAGCUCGCCUUGAGAGAUUCAGGGCCCGAAGAGUCAAGGCCAAUGCUAGAGAGCGGACCCGGAUGCACGGCUUGAAUGAUGCCCUGGACAACCUGAGGAGAGUCAUGCCAUGUUACUCAAAGACCCAAAAGCUCUCCAAGAUAGAGACUCUAAGACUGGCCAGGAACUAUAUUUGGGCUUUGUCUGAGGUCCUGGAAACUGGACAGACACCUGAAGGGAAGGGCUUUGUCGAGAUGCUCUGCAAAGGGCUGUCUCAGCCCACAAGCAACCUGGUGGCUGGAUGCCUCCAGCUGGGCCCUCAGUCUGUCCUCCUGGAGAAGCAUGAGGAGAAAUCUCCUAUUUGUGACUCUGCCAUUUCUGUCCAUAACUUCAACUAUCAGUCUCCUGGGCUCCCCAGUCCUCCUUAUGGCCACAUGGAAACACAUCUUAUUAAUCUCAAACCCCAAGUAUUCAAGAGUUUGGGAGAAUCAUCCUUUGGGAGCCAUCCACCUGACUGCAGUACACCACCUUAUGAGGGCCCACUCACUCCACCUUUGAGCAUCAGUGGGAACUUCUCCUUGAAGCAGGAUGGCUCUCCUGACCUGGAUAAAUCCUACAGCUUCAUGCCACAUUAUCCCUCUGCAAGUCUAAGCUCAGGGCAUGUGCAUUCAACUCCGUUUCAGGCUGCUACGCCUCGCUAUGAUGUUCCCAUAGAUAUGUCCUAUGAUUCCUACCCCCACCAUGGUAUUGGGGCCCAACUUAAUACAAUCUUUACUGAUUAG